CAGAAGCUACAUUCGGUCAUUAAUAUAGUGUUGGAAGAUACAAUCGAAAUUAUUUAACACAAGCGGGAAACAAAGGCAGAAGAUAAAACCCUCACAUAACCGCUUUGAGCAACUGCAGAAUACCCUCCUUACAUAACAUCUUCGUUCUUCGCGAUAGAGGCUAUUCUUAUUCAAUGACAGGUAAAUGAGUGGCAGGGUAUUCUGCAGUUUAGUCACCACUUUCAAACAACAACAAAAAUUGUUAAACACUGAAAGAAAUAUAAGAUUUCACCGAGAGAGAAAAUGAUUAUUGCGUGCACACAUUAUAUCACCUGCAAUAUUCAAGUGACUCCUUGUAAGUGCACCUUCGCUCCGAAGGUGUCACUCUAGCCUCGCUCCCGCGUUUGACUUGGAAAUCCGCUGACCAAUUUUGGAACGACACGGCUCGAAAAGAUGGGCAAGGCAACAGGGAAUCAGCUGUGUUUUAUGGUCAUGAAUAGAAAACGCCUAUAAAAAGACUCUUCUCUUGAUCUGGCGGAGAUAGGAAGUUGUAGCCCACCGCGGUGCUGGAUCGAAAUGUCGACUAGAGUAGCGGAAACUAGAAUUUUAUAACGUUCACCCUCGAUUGGAAACUAAGAAUCCGCUGAAAGCUCUUCAACCUUCACACUGAAGGGGCCCUGAACAAAUGUUUCAUUGGUUUGACAUACAAAAAUGACAGAAGAAUCAGCAGAAGACGGUCGCUUUUACGAAACAAUUGAACAACCGGUGUGGAAGUCGUAUUUGUACAGACUUCAGCAGAAGGCGCCCAAGGCAAGAAGAAUUAAGUGUAUGAAAGAGUUACCCUCCAAGCCUGCUCACUAUGGGAAAGAGUUUCAUGGAUGCAUAUCACGUGAGGAAGCUGAUGAACUUGUGUCAGAUGCUGAUGGUUGCUACCUUGUGCGAGAAAGUCAGAGAUCACGUGGAAGUUACACUUUAACAAUGAGAUUUGGUGGAAUUUCAAAGAAUUUUCGCUUGUACUAUGAUGGACUUCACUAUGUAGGGGAGAAGCGUUUUCAAACCAUUCAGGAUCUUGUGGCAGAUGGUCUGAUCACCAUGUACAUAGAUACGUAUGCCAAGGACUAUGUUGAUACGAUGAUGAUAAGUCCUGGAAAAACUGAGGGGAAGAAAGACGAGGGAAAACAAAGUGGUGGUGAUAGGAAAGAAAAUAAUGAACUAACUAAAGAAACAUCUGAUGCUUCAGGGAGAGACCAGGAUCAAAAGCUCAAUUUUGGAAGACGGGAGAGUGUAAAGCCAUCUGCUUAUAUAAAGAAGCAUAACUUCAAGAUUCACACAUUUAAGGGACCUCAUUGGUGUGACUCUUGUCGCAAUUUUUUGUGGGGGUUGAUCAUGCAAGGCCUCAGGUGUCAAGAUUGUGGCUUCAAUGCACACAAGCAGUGUGGUGAAGUUGUUCGUGAAAACUGCCAACCAGAUAAGAGAUUUGUAAAAAGAGUAUUUGGUGUUGACCUAACAACACUCGUCAAACUACAUAACACCAAGAGACCUUUUGUUGUAGAAACAUGCAUCAAGGAAGUGGAGAGAAGAGGAUUGGACAGUGAGGGAAUCUACAGAGUAUCAGGUUUUGCUGAUGAUGUUGAAGCACUUAAAAAUUCUUUUGAUAAAGAUGGAGAACAGGUGGACUUGUCAGUGUAUGAAGAUAUAAAUAUCAUUUGUGGAACACUCAAGCAGUAUUUCCGUAUGCUACCCAUCCCACUCAUCACUUUUGAGUUGUACAACAAAUUCAUAGAUGCUGCAAAAUCAUCAAGCAGAAAAGAGAAGAUGGAGGAACUAUCAAAGGCUCUGUUAGAACUUCCUGCUUCACAUUACGAAACACUAAAGUUCCUCUUGGGACACUUGUACAGAGUUGCCAAAAAGAAAGCAGUGAACAUGAUGAAUGAAGAAAAUCUGUCCAUUGUUUUUGGGCCAACACUUAUGAGGUCUCCAGAUUCUGACUCACAAGAUGUUCUUACUGACUUGAAAUUGCAAAGACUUGUGAUAGAAAGCCUUAUUACAAAUCAAGAUAUUCUAUUUGAUAGCUAAUUGCAACAAGAAGCACAGAAGUUUAGGUUAAGUUCAUCCUUGUGGUCAGAUGGCUGGUACCCUGCUGGCAGAGGUGUUUAUUAGUUAACUUCCCCCAACAGUCCACGUAAAAAUAAAGUCCUCUGUGCUCGGCCUGUUAAAUCUUCUUUGUGCAUGCGCCUGGAAAUUAUCAAAGUUUGUGGAUAAUCUGAUUUGCAAAACUGGUCAGAACCUGUUUUAAACACGUUUUUAUGUGCAUGCAUCCUAUUUAGCUAUAUAGCAAGACUGAGUACUACCGGGAACUAAUUUGUUUCUAAGCAACAGGCCGCACAUGCUAGAAGAAGAUUUAACAGGCCAAGCGCAGAGGACUUUAUUUUUACGUGGACCGUAGGGGAAGUUAACAAAUAAACGCCUCUGCCAGCAGGGUAGAUGGCUGAUUGGGAUGACAAAAAGUUAACUAGUCGCUAUAGAUUUAUUUAAACAUGGAGUUUUAUUUGUAUUCUCACUGUGGAUCAAACUGCUUUCAAUUGGUAUCUUAUGCCAGAGGAAAAAGUAGACUAACAUUGAGAGUAACUCUAAGUGAUCAGUUCAAAAAGUUUUGGGUUUCAAAAUCUGUUAUGUGUUAUUAUUUUUUCAAGGUUGAUAUUAGGAGUUUCCAAUUUAAUUAAAGAACUAUUUUGGAAUUCAAAUAGAGCUGAUAUUAUAUGGCUCACCCAGGAGUGGGUGAAACGAAGCACAUUCUGGCUACCAAGGCAGGAAAGAUGAUUCAAUCUUGGCAGCAGGGAAUGGCUUACUUUGAUCCCAUAAAAACGAAUUGAUUUUGGCUGGUUCACACUCUCCAUAAUCUCAAGGUAACCUAAUAGUGUUUCAAAGAAACGUAUUGCACUCUAAAGAUUUUAAUACUUCACUUUUAAGCAUUUUGGCUGUCAAAAUAUAUUCUCAGAUCCCAUUUUUAUCUUACUGAGUUUUCAAACAUCGCUUAUCCUCUCACUUUGCGAUAAAUUACAAUCAUAAUGAUACAAAAAGUUUAAUUGUAUUCUAAGAUACACAGUUUGCAACUUUUGUUAUUUAAAACAAUGUCAAGUUGCAAAAUAUGUGGUUGUAGUUUUUUUCCAAUGAAACUUAUGAUAAAUUUCGAAGAAAUAAUUAAAAUGUAAAUAUUGAACAUUAACUUAGGAGCCUCGAAUCACGAAAAGAUGUAUUGCUAUGCACAAAUUGUGUUUGGAGUUAUACGCCUUGGCCUGGGUCAGAAAUUGCAUUUUAUUAAUCAAAGUUAAUUGCUUACAAAGAUGUUGGGUCAUUUAAGACAUCAAAUUCAUUGCAAAGUUAUCCAGUAAUAAGCUGAAUUGCUUACACAUUUUGAUUGGUUCUUGGUUGUGAUCCAUUGGAGGACAGAUGCCUAGAUGACUUCACCAUUAACAAUUUUUUGCUUCUUCAUUACUUGAAACAAAUAAAUUCCACCUUGCCAUGGGUCUGUUGAGUCAAAGUACAAUUAGAACUUCACUGACCAACUUUCGUGUGUCAUCUGUGCCAGUUAUUUUUAGAUCACUGAGGAAGAGAUGCAUAGCAACAUGGAAUGUAUUUGUUAAAUACAUAUCAGAUUAUCGUUUUCUGUCUGCUUUGAGCUCACCAGAAUGGUUUUCACAUGAACAAAGGCAAACAUUGAUCCUGUAAGUAAUUUGAUGCAUCUAAACUUUGUUGCUAUUAAUGUGCCAAACAAUCUGAAGCCUCAACAUCCCUCUCCCCCUAAGGCAAAAAUUGUGUUCAAUGUUUAAAGAUAACACACUUGUGUUCUGCUUGAAAUACUUGGUGUACCAGGUUAACAUUCCCCACACCAGCCAGGCAAGGUUCCAAUUCCUCACACCCCAGGCAUGGGUGGCAGUCCUACAUGCCCAUGGGUUUCCUGGUUUGGGGAGGGGGGGGAUGUUAAAGCUUCAAAGUGACCAGUGCGUAAUUGUUUAGGGACCAGUGCGUAAUUGUUAAUUAUCAGAGUCACUCAUUAGAAGGAAUUUUUGUUUUGCAGUAGGUUGAUAUGUUUUAAUUUGUCCAUAAUGUGAUGUCUAAUCCUGGCUGUAGCUUGAUAUUUUCUAAGGAAAUGAUAUUAGAAAUGAAGUAAAUAAUCAAUCAUGGUCUUUAAAAUGGAAAAAGAAGAAUUAAACCCCCUAGUGAUAAAUUAUAAAGAAGAGAAUGGUGUGGUUUUGAUCCUUGAUUUGAUGUGAUGCUUAUUUUGUUACCAGUGAGUCAUUUCAAUGCUUUUUUUUGGGUUUGUUGUAUCAAUAAAAAAUAGACAAGGUUGA